AUGAAGCCAGGUGUAAGCAGCCUGCGGCUGAGGCUGCCUGUAUUUGUGUUUGCAGUGGAGGUGAUGAUUGUGGGUCUGUUUGCCAGUUUUGUCACAUAUGAUGAACAGGCCGAUCACAAAUUUCAAACCAACGAGACCAGACCCAUGGACAAUGCAGUAUACAAAGAUUAUACUUUUUUUGCCGACAUCCAUCAGGUGAUGAUAUUCAUCGGCUUCAGAUACCUGCUGGCAUUUUCCAGACUUUAUGGUUUUGGAGGGAUGUUUUUUAAUUUUCUCGUGGCUUCCUUUUCCAUCCAAUCGGCCAUUCUAGUACAGGGGUACUUCCAGUUCAGCCAUGAUGGUAAGAUCCAACUUGGAGUGAUCAACCUCAUCAAUGCAGAGUUUGCCUGCCCCGUGGUGCUGAUCUCCUUCGGGGCAGUGUUGGGGAAGACGAGCCUGCUGCAGCUGCUGGUCAUGGCUCUCCUAGAAGUGCCGGCAUUUGCAGUCACUGAAUGGGCAGUGCUGAAGUAUCUGAAGAUAAACGACGCAGGAGGUUCCAUUCUGAUUCACCUCUUUGCCUGUUACUUUGGCUUGGGAGUCACUUUUGUCCUGUACAGGCCUCGCCUCAACGAAGGUGACGUAAAGGAGAACACCAGCUAUCAGUCAGACAUCCUGGCUAUGAUGGGCACCUUGUUCCUCUGGGUGUUCUGGCCCUCCUUCAACUCGGCAUUAACCCUGAAAGGCGAUGACCAGAACAGGGCCAUCCUCCACACCUUCAUUGGCCUCUGUGCAUCCACCAUCACAGCCUUUGCUCUCUCUGCACUACUCAACAAAAAUGGAAAACUCAGCAUGGCUGACAUCCAGAAUGGGACCCUGGGUGGAGGCGUGACAGUCGGGGCAUCCGUAGAUAUGAUGAUUUUGCCUGCAGCAGCAUAUGCCCUGGGCACGGUGGGCUGCACCGCAUGCAUGCUCGGAUACAAGUACUUGAGCCCCCUCUUGGCAAAGUGGUUUGGAAUCCAGGAUCAAUGUGGAAUACAUAACUUGCAUGGUCUAACAGGACUCAUAUCUUGUACUGCGGGGAUUUGUGCAAUAAUUAUGGCUAACGAGGAGGUCUAUGGGCCUAGUUUGUAUGAUACUUUUAGGCACAGAGUCCCAAAAGAAGGGGAUCCAAAGUUGCUUGAGCUCCAGGCAUUAAUUCCUGGUCUGCAGCCAGGUUUGGGGCGGACUACCCGAGAACAGGCGGCAGCUAUCUUCUCCACCAUAGCAGUAGCCGCCAUCGGAGGCAUGCUCACAGGCGUGGUCUUGAAAAUGCCUUACCUCGCCUCACCUUCAGAUGAUUUAUGUUUUGAUGACCAGUUAUAUUUUGAUGUGCCUCUGGACAGUUACUUAGCACUUAAACUCAAUGAAGCCACAGAUAAAGAGGAAACUAUUGCCUAA